AUGAGAACGCGGGAGUCCUGUGGCAGUUGCCGGAGAUGGUGGGCUCCAACACCAACCCCAGCAGCGGUCGUGUUGGUGCUCCUGCUGGUCAUCAGUUCGUCGUCGUCGCACGUUGCCGACGGCGUCAGAACGACACCACGUGCGUCCGGUCCAGGUGACGCCGGCGUGCUCGACGACGCGGAGGCACCGCCUGCCGCUGGUGCUCAUCACGCAAGCAGCAGGGCAACCUACAAACCAGCAGACCGGACCGAGGACGAAGAAGGCUCGCUGGUGGUGCUGGAGGAGGAAGAUGAGCAGUGGUGGCUGAAGGAGCGCGCGGCGACGGGGUCGCGGCUGCCGGACUGCGCGCACGCGUGCGGGCCGUGCUCCCCGUGCCGGCGCGUCAUCGUGAGCUUCAGGUGCGCGCUGGCGUCCGAGUCCUGCCCCAUCGCCUACCGCUGCAUGUGCCGCGGCAGGUUCUUUCGGGUGCCCUCCCUCUAG